UAAAUUAUAGACUAUAAUUUAUUCUCUAUAAUAUAGUCCUCAUGGUAAUACCACAGGUAAAGAUAGUCUGUGGAUAUAACAAUAUCACAUCACAGGACACAGACUAUAAUAUAGUCGUGGCCACACUUUUAGGCACGGACUAAGAUAAACUUAGUCCGGUCUUUUAGGCUUUAAGCUAUAGAUAAUAAAUAUUAGCAUAUUAUUAAGUACAUUGUAAUAUUGUAUACCGUUCGCUUAAUACACAUACUUGUUUUGACACUCGGAUACAUGUUCUCACUGUCUCAGAACGUUAUUAGCAUUCGGUUAUGAGUGUGUAUUUAAGAUAAUAAUAAUAAUAAUAAUAAUAUAUAUUCAACGACAUCAGUAUGUUGCCACAAUCAAUAAAACGUUUGUUUCAAUUAAAACAAUCACGUACUUACGUGCCUACACAAAAAAAAUUAAAUGAAGAAAGAAGAAUGCCUAAGACUAAUCGAACUUGACAAUAGAAAUGUAAAUAUGACGUACUCAUAGUUCAUACUAGAAUGCGGGGAAACGCCUUGGAUGUAGAAAUAUAAACCGUUAGUAUGAGCUGUACUGAAAACACUUGUUUAAUAUAGCUAUCAUAUUUAUAAUACAUUAAUUGGUGAUAAAUUGAAAUGGAACUGAAUUCAAUGUUGUCAAACAAAGGUCUAGAUUUAAGAUUUGUGGAUAUAACAUACAAUGUAAACAAUUGGACAGAUACAUUUAAAAUAGAAAAGAAAACUAUUUUAAAAGGAGUGAGUGGUGCGUUUUAUCAGGGUCAAUUAUGUGCAAUUAUUGGAUGUUCAGGAUCUGGAAAAUCAUCAUUAUUAAAUGCACUAUCUGGUUAUAAGACAAGUGGAUAUAGUGGAAUGAUAUUUAUAAAUGACAAACCUCUAGAAAUGGAAUCGUUUCAGAAACAAUCAUGUUACAUUAUGCAAGAAGACCAACUUCAUGUGCAAUUAACAGUUAGAGAAGCUAUGGAAUUUGCAUCAAAGUUGAAAUGUUUAACUUUAUCGUUAAAUGCAAGCAAGCUUAAAAUGAUAGACUUGAUUUUAGAAAAAUUGAAUCUGCAUAAAAUUCAAGAUACGGCUACAAUGAAUUUAUCUGGUGGUGAACGUAGAAAACUAUCCAUUGCAUUAGAACUGGUCCAUAAUCCAAGCAUCAUGUUUUUUGACGAACCAACCAGCGGAUUAGAUAGUUUGUCAGCAAAUCAAGUACUAGCCACAUUAACAGAACUAGCCGAUACUGGCCGUAACAUAAUUUGUACAAUACACCAAGCUUCUGCUUCACAAUUAAAGAUAUUUGACAUUCUUUAUGUACUUACUCCAUCCGGCCAGUGUAUUUAUCAUGGUUUAACAUCAAAUCUAUUAGAUUAUUUGGCUGUACAAGGUUUACGAUGUCCACUGUAUCACAAUACUGCAGACUACAUUAUUGAAAUAAGUCUUGGAGAGUACGGAAAUCAAGCUGAAAAAUUGGUAAAAUAUAUCAAAAAUGGAAAGUCUACUGAAUGGUUAAAAAAUACUUGUUCAAAACAUUUAGUUAAAGAUCAGUUGCUAGCUAUUAACAUCAAUGAUGAAUGUAAAGAUGUACAAUUUACCAAUCAUUUGAUUCAACUUGCUAUUUUAUCACAUAGGUGUACAGUAAAGACAUUAAGAGAAAAAUUCAUCACUACAAGAUUGAUGGUUCAUAUUAUUGUUAGCGCUGUAUAUGGUUGGAUAUACUUCGGUGUUGGUAUUAAUGCAUCAUUUAUACACGAUAAUCUAAUGUUGUUGUUCUUCAGUUUGCUAUUUAUUAUGUAUACUGCUAGUUCAUCAAUGAUAAUCAACUUUCCCUUAGAAAUUCCAAUACUUUCAAAAGAGCAUUUCAACCAGUGGUAUUCCCUGUCGUCAUAUUAUCUGAGUUUCACUAUAGUAGAUCUGCCAAUUCAGGUUCUGUGUACGUUUUUGUACUGUGUGGUCUUGUACUAUUUCACUGGACAGCCACUUGAAUGGCCAAGGUUUGGGUUGUAUACACUCAUGAUGUUAAUGGUGGGACUGUUAUCACAAACCAUAGGCAUGUUAAUGGGAACAUUAUUCAACGAUUUAAGAUUCAGCACGAUUCUAACAAGCUUCCUCCUCAUGCCGUGGAUGAUGUUUGGCGGAAUUUUCAUUAAAAUAUCUGACACGCCAGAGAUUUUUCGAUGGUUGUUUGACAUUUCAUUUAUGAAACAUGCCAUGGAAGGAAUAGUGCAUUGUGUUUACGGUUUAGAUCGACCCAGGUUAUAUUGCCCCAAAAUUUACUGUUACAAUUCUUCGCCAUCAACUAUAUUAAAAGAUUUAGACAUGCCAGACAACAAGUAUUGGUUUAAUUUCCUUGCCGUUACCUCCAUUUACUUGUUAUUGAAGAUGUUAACAUAUUUAGUGUUAAAAAAAAAGUUAGAAAUUCACUGA